GGUUCAGAAAUUACCGACUUACUCAUCCAGCAGGGAAGUCUGUAAUACUUACGUGGACAAGCUUUGCAGAGCCAGAAAUCUUCCAGUUGCUGCCAGGCUACUGCAGUCUUUACGUGAUAAACACUUCUUCCUCAGCACUCAUGCAUAUAAUCUCCUCUUGGAAGCAGCAGGUGAAGCAAAUGAUGUUGACCUUCUGUCACAGGUUUUUAAGGAUCUAUUGGCGUCAUGUGAGUAUAUGAGUUCAAAGUCUUAUCUAAAUAUUGCGAGGGCUUUUACAAAGAUAAAUGAUUCUGUCCUUCUACUGAGAUUUAUCAAGGAGGUCUCAGAGCUGACAUUUCCAGGAAGUGCAACAACUAUGAAUAGGAUCAUAUUUGCCUUUGGUGAGUGUAAACAGGUUGAUAUGGCCCUGCUGAUAUUUGAUAACAUGAAGAGUCUGAAAUGUAAACCAGAUUUGAUCACAUAUAAUACGGUGAUAGGUAUUUUGGGUCGUGCUGAACGAAUAGAUGAAAUGCUCAAUGAAUUUGCAUCCAUGAAAGAGGCCAACUUCAUUCCAGACAUUGUUUCUUACAAUACAUUAAUAAACAGCUUGCGGAAAGUAGGAAGGCUAGAUUUGUGCUUAGUAUUUUUGAAAGAAAUGGGUGAGAGAGGAGUUGAACCAGAUUUGCGGACUUACACUGCAUUGAUUGACAGCUUUGGUCGUUCAGGGAACAUUGACGAAUCCUUGAGACUCUUUGAUGACAUGAAGUGUAGGCGGAUCCGCCCAUCUAUUUACAUUUAUAGAUCAUUAAUCGAUAGUCUAAAGAAGAUGGGGAAGUUGGAGUUGGCUAUGAACUUUUUGGAGGAGAUGAAUACAUGUCUUUCAGAUCUUGUGGGUCCAAAAGAUUUCAAACGAAAAUGCAGAUAG